CGGCAAAAGUAAAGCUUGGAAGCCUUGAGAAAAUGGCUUUCUAUUUCACAUCUUUCUUCAUAAUUACCAUCACCGCCAUUUUCAUCCUCGCUUGCUCAGCUUCUGCUGCAACUGAUCAAAGAAACCCAAACCCGCGACGUCCCUUCAAGAAGAUCUACGCCUUUGGUGACUCGUUCACAGACACCGGCAACACAAAGUCCAUCACCGGCCCAAGUGGUUUCGGCCACGUGUCGAACCCUCCAUACGGAAGCACCUUCUUUCACCGCCCAACCAACCGGUACUCCGAUGGACGGCUCGUGAUCGACUUUGUAGCAGAAGCACUGUCAUUACCUUACUUGCCACCUUACCGGAACAUCAAGGCGGCCGGGAAUGCUUCGUUCGGGGUGAACUUUGCUGUUGGCGGUUCCACGGCUAUAAACCAUGCAUUCUUUGUGAAGAACAACCUCAGCCUUGAUAUAACUCCUGAAUCUAUCCAAACCCAGUUCCUUUGGUUCAACAAAUUCUUGGAGAGUCAGGGGUACUGUACUGGAGAGGCAGCAUCAGAUUGCAAAGAAGCGUUCGACGAUGCACUUGUCUGGGUUGGUGAAAUUGGAAUCAAUGACUACGCAUACUGCAUUGGAUCUUCUAUACCAGAUGACACCAUCCAAAAGCUUGCUAUCACAACCUUUACUGAGUUUUUACAGUCAUUGCUGAAGAAGGGUGCAAAAUAUGUGGUCGUCCAAGGUCUUCCAUUAACGGGGUGCCUGCCGCUGGCCAUGGUACUGUUUCCUGAAGAUGAUAGAGACGACAUUGGGUGUGUGAAGAGCGUGAACAAGCAGAGCUACAACCACAAUGCAGCCCUCCAGGCAAAGUUGCAGGGCCUCAGGAGGCAGUUUCCCCAUGCCAUAAUCACCUACGCUGAUUACUGGACGGCCUACCGGACGGUCAUGGAGAAUCCGAGUAGAUACGGAUUCAAGGAGAGUUUCAAAGCAUGCUGUGGAACAGGUGAACCAUACAACUUCGAUAUACUCAAUACAUGUGGCACGCCUUCUGCCAAAGCCUGCCCAAAUCCUUCACAAUACAUCAACUGGGAUGGGGUGCACCUCACUGAAGCUAUGUACAAGGUGGUCUCAAACAUGUUCCUCAAUGGAACUCUUACUCACCCUCCGUUCAGUUACUUGUUGGACAGAAAGAAACAAGUAGGGUGAACCAUAUAAUAUAUCGGCUAUUGCCAUUGUGCUUAAAUUCCUUAGUAUAGUACUGUUUCUUGCUGCAAUAUUGUCAUAAUUAAGUUGGAAUAGUAGUUUGAAAUAUGCACGAAGAAAUCACAUGAUAUGUUUUAUAUA